AUGAUAAACAAGAAAAUAUCCAUUCUUCUAGUUGUUAUCUUUUUCACCAUUUCGGCAUUUUGUUCCGAUCCAGAUCCAGUUCUGGAUUUCUGCAUAGCCAAACCACAAGAAAAUUGCAAAAACUCAUCCACCGCAACCGUGGAAGACUUCACUUUCUCCGGCAUAAAACUCCCCGGAAACUUCAAAGAAACCGGAUUCGCUUCCACGGGAGUGAACUCAAACGUGUUUCCGGGUUUAAACACUCUGGGAGUUUCAUUUGUGAGAGCUGAUUUUGAUGUCGGCGGUGUAAAUGUUCCUCACUUUCAUCCAAGAGCAACGGAGGUGGCUAUUGUGUUGGAGGGGAAAAUCUAUUCUGGAUUUGUUGAUACUCAGAACAAGAUUUUUGCUAGGGUUUUGGAGAAAGGUGAGGUUAUGGUUUUUCCAAGAGGACUUGUGCAUUUUCAGAUGAAUGUUGGUGAUGUUCCUGCUACUAUUUUUGGGAGCUUUGAUAGCCAGAAUCCUGGUUUGAUGAAAAUUCCUAAUCUUCUUUUUGGAUCUGGGAUUCAAAAUCAGCUUUUAGAAAAGGCUUUUGGCCUUAAUUCUAAGGAGCUUUCUAAGUUGAACAAGAGGUUUUCUCCUCCAAAUUAG